UGCCUCUCUUCCUGCAGCUGUGCUUACUGGUACUUGCACUUCUUCAUAAUUGAAUCAAAGUUCCUUUUGUAUUCUUCAUGCUGUGAAAAACAUUACCUUCAGACCUUAUGGCACUGAGCUUUAAUCCAUUGCGAAAGGGUUUACAAUAUAGAUUCUUGAGCUAUUUCUAUGAUUACUCUUUAUGUUGUGUUGAUCUGAAUCUGUGCUCUUCAUCAUUGCCUGCAAAAAGUUCUGUUUCUGGUUUUGGGGCUCAAGGUCAGGGUAAACGUGAAAAUCAUAGUUUUAGGUUUCCAGGGGAAUUGCGUGUUACUGCCGAUGAUGAUGGGAGUAAAGGUCAGAACUUCAAUUUUGGUAGUCUUGAUACACUGAGUAAUAAUGAAGAGGAAGAAGAUGGUGAUGGUGAUGGAAAAGGUUCUAGUAAUGGUGAUGAUGAGGGUCUUGAGUUUAUGAGCUCCUCUAAUGGCAAUGACAAUCAUGCAUAUGGAGAGAGUAUUAGUAGAGUUGAAAUUGAUGAACAUGAAUUCAGGCACCCAUUAGUUAAGGAAAUUUGUAGGUUGAUUACAUAUAGGUCAGCUUGGAACCCUAGACUUGAAGGAUAUUUGAGGUACUUAUUGAGAAGAUUGAAGCCCCCACAUGUUUGUGCUGUCUUACGCUCUCAAGAAGAUGAACGGAUUGCUUUGAAUUUCUUCUAUUGGGCUGAUCGGCAGUGGCGCUACAAACACAAUGCUAUUGUCUACUAUACAUUGUUAGAUGUGCUUAGCAAGACUAAAUUGUGCCAGGGUGCUAAGCGGAUUCUUAAGCUUAUGAUGCGCCGUGGAAUCAAAUGUUCUCCUGAAGCUUUUGGCUAUGUGAUGGUGUCUUAUAGUCGAGCAGGCAUGUUGAGGCAUGCCAUGCAAGUUUUGACCGUGAUGCAGAAAGCUGGAGUUGAACCUAAUUUAUCUAUAUGUAACACUGCUAUCUAUGUUUUAGUUAAGGGCAGCAAAUUGGAGAAGGCACUGAGAUUCUUGAAUCGAAUGGAGCUGGUUGGAAUCAAACCCAAUGUUGUCACUUAUAACUGCUUGAUCAAGGGUUACUGUGAUCUGAAUCGGGUUGAAGAUGCAUUGGAGCUUAUUAUGGAAAUGCCAUCCAAGGGAUGUCCCCCUGACAAGGUUAGUUAUUAUACUGUGAUGGCUUUCCUCUGCAAGGAGAAAAGAAUUGAAGAAGUGAAGCUGUUGAUGGAGAAAAUGGUGGUGAAUAGUAAAUUAAUUCUAGAUCAGGUUACAUAUAAUACACUUAUUCACACGCUAUCCAAGCAUGGACAUGCAGAUGAUGCUUUGACUUACUUAAGAGAAGCAGAAGAUAAGGGCUUCCACAUUGAUAAGGUUGGGUAUAGUGCAGUAGUUAACUCCUUUUGUAAGAAGGGCAAAAUAGAUGAGACGAAGAGUUUAGUGAACGAGAUGUACUCAAAGGGAUGUAUUCCUGAUGUUGUGACAUAUACUGCUAUUAUUGAUGGAUUUUGUCGCAUGGGGAAGAUAGAUGACGCGAAAAAGAUGCUGCAGCAGAUGUACAAACAUGGGUGCAAGCCAAAUACCGUUUCAUACACAGCUUUGUUAAAUGGCCUGUGCCACAAUGGGAAAUCGUUAGAGGCAAGGGAGAUGCUGAAUGUAAGUGAGGAGCAUUGGUGGACGCCAAAUGCCAUAAGUUACAGUGUUGUGAUGCAUGGUUUUCGUAGGGAAGGAAACUUGUCCGCAGCUUGUGAUUUGGUUAGAGAAAUGGUUGGAAAGGGAUUUUUUCCAACUCCAGUUGAAAUUAACCUCCUAAUACAGUCCCUGUGUCAAAAUCAGGAAGUAGUUGAAGCUAAAAAAUUUUUAGAAGAAUGCCUGAAUAAGGGUUGUGCCAUCAAUGUCGUAAACUUUACUACUGUAAUUCACGGUUUUUGUCAGAUUGGUGACUUAGAAGCUGCUCUAUCAGUGCUAGAAGACAUGUACUUAAUCAACAAACAUCCUGAUGUUGUCACAUUUACAACAUUGUUUGAUGCAUUGGGGAGGAAAGGUAGAUUGGACGAGGCUGCUGAGUUAAUAAUGAAGAUGCUGGGCAAAGGUUUGGAUCCUACUCCGGUAACAUAUAGGACAGUCAUCCACCAUUAUUGUAAAUGGGAGCAAGUGGAUGAUAUGUUGAAAUUAUUGGAAAAAAUGCUUGUUAGGAAGCCAUUAAGAACAUUAUACAAUCAAGUAAUUGAGAAACUUUGUGCUUUUGGGAAACCCGAGGAGGCUGAGAAACUUCUGGGGAAGGUUUUGAGAACAGCAUCAAACCUUGAUGCUAAUACAUGCCAUGUUCUCAUUGAAAGCUAUCUGACUAAAGGGCUUCCUCUAUCAGCAAAUCGAGUGGCUUCUAGAAUGUUCAGCCGUAAUUUGGUUCCUGAUUUGAAGUUGUGUCAGAAAGUGAGCAAGAAGCUAAUGUCUGAUGGAAAGUUGGUUGAGGCUGAUAACCUUAUGUUACAACUUGUUGAGCGUGGAAUACAACAAAAUGAGACGAAUUUGUGAUAUUAGUUACUACUCCAAGCUUAAAAGUUGUGCCCAUGGUGCUAUGUUAUCACUUCCCUUCGUUGGAGAUCCAAUACAUCUUGCAUUUCAGUGUGCUAAAUUGAAGAUGCAAGAUACAUUUUGCAAUGGAGUUGUGUAGAUAUUGUGGAAUAAUGUGCUACCUACUCACAUGCUAUUUGGUGUGCACUCUCAAGUCUCAACCAAGCCAAUUUCAGUUAGUUCCACUUUUUCAAAAUUGCUUAUAAAUAGAGCUAUGUAUUUGAAUGCCUUCUCAUGUCCAGACAUGAAAUUUAAAAAAUAUUAGUUAGUUUACAAAUUAGAUAGGAAAAAGAAACUAGAGAGAUGGAGUUGAAAUACAAGAUGGUAAUAAAAGUUGUUGUGAUUAUUCUAUUACUUAGGAAUCAUUGUCAUUGUUGAUGCUUGUUUUGAUCCAAUUCCGGUCUCCUUCAAGAAGGUGCUGCAUUUAAAUGGAGGUGACAAUCA